AUGGUGAGUAUGGUGGGAGGAGCUAAAGCCAAUGCCAUAUUAUCUGGAGCUAUUCACCUUCUAAGUGCAGGGACCAGUGAUUUCAUUGAAAACUAUUACAUGAAUCCCCUUCUUAGAUUGUCCAACAGAGGGGGAAGAGGGCGUAGAGGUAGGCAAAGAGGUGGUCGGAUCAAUAGGAAUGCUGCUGUACAAAGAGGGGAAGCAGAAUUUUGGAGCAAGACAAAUAACAAUCUUUGUGAAGUGGUUGUCAGUCCUUCUAAAGAGUUGGAAGAGAUGGAAAGAAAGCGCAAGGCUAAGGGUGUGGAGGAUACUGUCCCCCUCCAGGGUUAUGGUGGCUGGCCCAAAACAGCCACAAGGGAAUCAUGA